AGCUUUUUGACCUCUCUCUCUUUCUCUCUCUCUCUCUUAACGUAAUUAACGGAUUAACCUACCCUUGAAAUGGAAACUUAAGACCAUAUUUUCUUAAUUACACCGUCCACCUCUAUAUUUUCAUACUGCUUUGUGCGACUUCACAGAUUUGGUGUGACUUUAAUUUCUCAAGGGGCUGUAAAACACUAGUACGAUACUCAACAACAAUAAGAGGUGCCUUACUAUCAUUUCUCUCUGAAGAAGAAGAAGAGAACUUGCUUAGGGUAAGAUCAAGGGUCAUGUAUAUUUCCAGAUCCUUGCUUCUUCAAACUCUCAGCAAGAAGUUCUCUACCCAAAUAGAAAGGAAAUUAGAAGGCAAGAUAGCAGUAAUCACUGGGGCAGCAAGUGGCAUAGGGAAAGAAACCGCAGCCAAAUUCAUUAAUCAUGGAGCAAAAGUAGUUAUCGCCGAUAUACAGAGACAGCUCGGCCAAGAAACCGCAAGUGAGCUCGGACCAAACGCCACAUUUGUGCCAUGCGACGUCACAAAAGAAUCUGAGAUUUCCGACGUAGUGGACUAUGCCGUUUCCCAACAUGGACAGCUCGACAUAAUGUACAAUAAUGCAGGGAUAGCGUGUCGAACAUCGCCAAGCGUAGUUGACCUUGACCUUGCACUAUUCGACCGUGUCAUGGCCAUUAACGUACGAGGCGUGGUGGCGGGAAUCAAGCACGCCGCGCGUGUGAUGAUCCCGCGGGGCCACGGUUGCAUUUUGUGCACGGCUAGUGUAACCGGGGUGAUCGGAGGACUCGCGCAACCUACUUACUCAACUUCCAAAUCAAGCGUGAUAGGAAUUGUAAAGUCUGUGACAGCGCAGCUGUGCAAGCAGGGAAUAAGAAUCAAUUGCAUAUCUCCAUUUGCUAUUCCAACACCCUUUUCAUUGGACGAGAUGAAACAAUACUUCCCUGGAGUGGAAUCUCAGGACCUUGCUAAAAUCUUACACAGUGCUAGUGAGCUCAAAGGAGCAUAUUGUGAGCCCAUUGAUGUAGCCAAUGCUGCCCUUUUCUUGGCUAGUGAAGAUGCUAAGUUUAUUAGUGGCCACAAUUUGGUAAUAGAUGGCGGUUUCACCUCAUUUAAAAGUUUAAACUUAGUAGAUCAAGUGCAGUGACGUUCCAUAUAAAAUUGAUAUGGCAUUUGAUUCUUUUCUAGA